UCAACAACAAAACUUGUGCGAACAUGUUUUCGUACCUUAAGAGCUUGUUGCUAAUUCAUUAGAAAUAGUUGAAGCUUCCAAAACAGUUUUAGUAGCUUAUUUUCUUUGUGCAUUGAUCGUUGCUGGUCCUUUCAGAUUAUAUUUGUUGUAGUGAAAUAGAAAAGUUGUUGCAGCGAUAUGAGCGACAGACAUGGAGGUUCUGAAAAGUUCAAUAGCCCAAGGCAGGUGGUCCUUCCUCCAUUCUCCAACAGGACCCUUCACCAUCCCUCCUUCCUGCCCCUGUACAUGGCAGCCAUGGGUUCGGCCCAGUACCCCUGGAGACCCCACCAACAGCCAGUACCAGUUAUGACUCCCUCAGAGUUCUUCUACACGGACCCCACCAUGCGCCGGGGACAACGGGUACCGAACAUCGUGACCGAGUUGCAGGUUUUUGAGUGCUUCCAACUCAACACCCCUCGCCCCAUCAUGUCCUUUUGCCCCGCACCCCCCGUCAGACCUGACCCCUUCAGAACACAAGCCCACCCUACCAGAGACCUGGGUGGCCACACCUGGAGGAGGGACCCUCCCCAUCUGCCCAUCACCCCCAGGCUGAGGCCCCUUGCACCCAGGCCCAGAGAGAGGGGACGGAGUCAGGCUGUGAUCCAGCUAAGCCUGGAGGAGGAUCAGGCUAUAACCAACCUACUGAAGCUCCAUCACCAAAAGCCUGCCCAUCCAGAGGUCACCACUGCCGUCAUCUCCACCCAGGUGGCUUGUCCUGAAGGGACAUCGCCAAUUGAUCACACCUCAACCCUUAGCCAGCCAUCAGUGGGUCAGUACAUUCCCACCACCAAACCAUCUCCAGCUGAAGAGAUGGGGCUCUUUCAUAGAGAGGACCAGCUCUUUGUGUUGGACAUCUUGGAGCACCAACAUCAGAACCAGCCCAGACUGAGGUCUGUUGUGGAGCUGGAGGCAGCGAACGCAUUGCUCACUAUGGAUGAGGAGUCGGUCAGUCUUAUGGAUGAUGAAGGGCCCUGGAACCAGACUCAGACCCUGGACAGGCCCUCUAACAGAAGCCCUGAGAAUCUACAUCUCCAGUACUUCUCACCCGAAGAGUGUGAUGGUGAUACACUGCCAUUAGAAGACGAUGAAAGCUGCCUAUCCCCAGAAGCUUUGCCUCCAAUGACCAGUAUUUGUGAUGCGGUGGCUCUGAGAAAUGGGACUGUCACAGAGUCUGAGGGGAUGGCUGUGGAUGCCCUGUUAAUACUGGGUGACCUCACAACCCCAUGUUGUCCUCAUUUCAGUUAAUCGCCCUCAAAUGUGCACAACAUAUGACAGUUAAUCUCAGGUUCAAUUCGAGAAAACAAAACUGUAAUUGAAAACCUUUUUACAAGUGUGCACCACACAGUUUAAUUAACAACUUCAUUUUCCUUUAUGCCUUUUUGUAUUUUGUUACUUGCCAAAUAGUUCAAAUAUUAUAUUAAUAUUUCAGACUAAAGUCAAUCUUAUUUGAUCUGUUGAAAAAAACACUCCCAUUGAAAAACAUGAUCGAGUUUUAAUAAGAACACUGGUCUUGAACCAGAGUAAACCCACUCACUCAAACAAACGGAAUGGAAUGUGGUUUUAACCUAUAAGCAUUCAGUAUUAGACCCACCCGUUGUAUAUAGAGGUAAUAGAGACCUGUUGAUAUCAUAACAGUAUGGCUUCACUAGAGCUCCAUGUUACCAAUAUUACUACUGUACAUCACAAACAACCAGGUUUUGUGGUCUUGACAUUAUGUUUGCGACUUGGCUAUGACUUUUUUUGUGUCCAGAAAUGGCAGUCAAAUGUAUUCAACCCUGUAGUGACGACGAUAACACAGCUGUAGGACUUGUGCUUCGAGUACAAUCCAUUGGAAGGCACUUCAGAGUUUGAUCUAUACUUGAUAUACCACCUGAUACGUGCAAA